AUGUCGCUGGCGGGCCGGGCCGGGGUGCGCCUGGAGGCCGGGCUCCGCUGGCCGCCCGGCGCCCCGGAGCUCGAGCAGCCCGACAGCCUGGAGGGCUGGGUGCCGCUGCGCGAGGACCUCUUCCGGGAGCCCGAGCGGCACCAGCUGCGCUUCCUCGUGGCCUGGAACGACGCGGAGGGCCUGUUCGCCGUCACCUGUCACGACCGCACGGCGCAGCGGCGGCGCGGCCGGCCCGAGCCCGAGACGGAGCCCGAGCCCCAGGCCGCCGCGGCGGCGCCGCCCAGCUGGGCCGGCCUGCUCUCGGCCGCCGGGCUCCGCGGCGCGCACCGGCAGCUGGCGGCGCUCUGGCCGCCCCUGGAGCGCUGCCUGCCGCCGCUGCCGCCCGAGCUGGACGCGGCCGGGCCGGCGCGGGGCGUGGGGCGCGGGCUGUGGGCGCUGGUGUGGCCGACGCGCCGGGGCCCCGGCGAGGCGGCGCUGCAGGAGCUGUGCCGGCAGCUGGAGCGGUACCUGGCUCUGGCGGCCGACGGCUGCGGCGGCCUCACCGUGCGCGACGCGCUCUUCCCGGCGCUGGGCGACGCGGCCGACUGCGAGGGUCUGCGCGAGUUCCGCGAGAGGACGCUGCGCGCGCGCCUGGAGCGGGCCCGAGCGCGGCUGCGCCAGGUGCUUCAAGGACAUGGAAAAGCCAACACCAUGGUAGCAUUAAUGAAAGUUUAUCAAGAGGAAGAUGAAGCAUAUCAGGAAUUAGUUACCAUGGCAACUAUGUUCUUCCAGUAUUUACUGCAGCCAUUUAGGGAUAUGCGAGAAGUUGCAACUUUAUGUAAGCUUCACAUUUUGAAGUCCCUGGACGAGGAUGUACUGGGCCCUAAAAGGGUACUUGCCCUGCAGGAGGAGGCCAGAGAAUGGACCAGGCGGGCUGAAGAUGCAGUUGUCUCUAUUCAAGAUAUCACUGUGAAUUAUUUCAAGGAAACAGUGACAGCAUUAACAGGAAUGCAGAAACAAAUGGAACAGGAUGGGAAGAGAUUUGGCCAGGCUGCAUGGGCCACAGCCACUCCCAGAUUAGAAAAACUGAAACUCAUGGUAGCUCGGGAGACUCUGCAACUCUUGAGAACCAGAGAGUUGUGUUUAAAUCACAAAAAAGCUGAAAUCCAGAGAAAGGUAGAAGAUCUUCCAGAACAAGAAAAAAAUAUAGAUGUUGUAGAUGAGUUAGAAAUCCAGUAUUAUGAAGUUCAAUUGGAAUUAUAUGAAGUUAAGUUUGAUAUAUUGAAAAAUGAAGAAAUACUUCUGACUACACAGUUGGACUCUAUCAAAAGACUUAUAAAAGAGAAGCAGGAUGAAGUCGUGUAUUAUGACCCGUGUGAAAGUCCUGAGGAACUGAAAGUCAUGGCUUGUGGGGCAAAGGAGCAGCAGAGUGGCGAGGACGUGGAGGUGAGGGCACUCAGCCGGCAGUGCCAGCGGCUGGAGGCCCAGCGGGGCCGCAUCUGUGCCAGGAGAGCCUACCUCAGGAACAGAAAGGAUUAUUGCAAAGAAAAUCAUCGGCUCAGACUGCAGCAGGCUAAUGAAAGCAUACGACAUUUUCACCAGCAUCAUAGUAUUCAGAUGAAAAGAGACAAGAUAAAAGAAGAGGAGCAAAAGAAAAAGGAAUGGAUAAACCAAGAACGCCAAAAAACCCUUCAACGAUUAAAAGCCUAUAGAGAGAAAAGUCCAGCUCAGUCUAUGCUGAAAACGGAUCCAAGUCUGCCAGGCAGAUGCUCCCGGAAGACAUCCUCACCAGUCAACCCAGCCUCCAGCAAAGCCAGAAGUGCUCCUCAUUUACCUGAAGUUAGGAAUGUGAAAACCCCCGAGCUCCAAGACUGCCCUCAAGAUAGUCCUGUCCAGGUUUCUGUUCUCCUUGAUGACCAGACAAGCUCCAGGUCUAACGAAGAACUGUCACAGCUUCCCCCCCAGCUUCCUCUCCCUCCGCCUCCUCCACCUCCUCUGCCUCCUCCACCGCCCCCUCUGCCUGCUCUGUCCUCAUCCACUCAAGCUGCCACUCAUCAGAACUUAGGCCUCAGGGUUUUAGCACCAGAGGACCAGCCAAAUUCUCUAAUGUGCGAGACCGCUGCUGAAAGACACCGUGACAGCUUGGCAAGUUUUCAGUGUCCAGGAUCUAUGGAUGAAGUGUUGGCCUCUCUAAGGCAAGGCAGACCCUCUCUCCGGAAAGUAGAAGUACCCGCCCUGCCCCCUCCUCGCAUGCCAGUCAAUGAGCAAGUUCUGGCUGCCAUCCGGCAGGGGGUCCAGCUGAAGAAAGUGCACCCAGACUCUGGUGUGACCUCCAGCAAGAAGCCCCCCAGUGACCUGGAAAGGAGCAUCAGGGCAGCGCUGCAAAGAAUCAAGAGAGUGUCCGCCGACUCAGACGAGGACAGCGACGAACAGAGCCCUGGCGAGUGGGAUCGCUAAGGUCUUUGCAGAUGGCAUAGGCAGACAGGCCACACUGCCACUUAACACCUCAGAAGACCAGCAAGACUUUGCACAAGACACUGUGGCUUUGAGGUUGUGGCUGUAAAGAUGACAGAGUAGAGACAUAGUGACUGUCACACACGGACACAUAGGUGGAUGUGAAUGUCCCUGGCAUGAAGAACAGUACCUACCUAAUGUGUGCCAGGGGCUCUAGAGUCAUGGCCUGAUGCUGAAGGAAGUUUACGCUGGCAAGCCGUCCAUUAGACUACUGACUGUGUCCUCCUGUGUGUAUGGAAUAGUGACUUCUCAGAUUUAGGGGCUUGAAUGUGACCCUUAUAAUCACAAUAAAUUACUUAUAUUUUAAA